AUGAGCGCAUCAGCCUCAACCUCCGACGAUGGAUCCAGGCUCCCCCGGUCAGGUCGCGCCCCAAGUACCCGCGCAGGUGCCGCCGAGUUCUUGGGUCGCCGCCCCUCGGUCCCCCUCUUCCACCUCCCAUCCUCCGUCGCUGGAGCAGCACGGCCGUGGGCGUGCAGUGCGCUGCGACUCCUCAGGCAGGAUUGCAGUUUCGUUGUGGUGGCUACAUGCCACAGUGAUUUUUUAGUCAUUUUGUAUUUCACUCGCUUGGGGUGCAGCUCGCGGGCGCAUCCUAUGCAGCGCGCUGGGCCUAUCUGGAGGUUCCAUGGGCCUCCUCUCCCCACUGCAUCGCCCUUCCCGGCGGCCUACUGCAAACAUGGCGAGUAG